CAACAACUUGUGAUUAUGUAGUGGUGGAACGUGAAUAUUUCAACAGCUAUUUAUAAUUUACAUUCAAGUAUGUCGGAUCUAAAGGAGCAAGUGUCGCAAAACAAACCAGGAAAUGACAAGCCAGCAAACAAGCAAUCUAUACCUAAAAAUGAUGUUCACGAACCGGGUUCAGGAAUUCGUUCGACAAAAACUACCUCGGCAUUCCGUGUUGUAAACUUCGAGUUAUAUGCAAAACCUAACACAUUCACCAUGGCCCUGGGUGCAACGUUGUUUCUCAGUGCUUUUGGAUACAUUUUAUACAUGAGAAAUAGAGACACAAAAGACAAUAACAAGCGGUACAAUGCCAUGAACGAAGAUGGACAUUUGGUUCGACGAGAACGAGUAUCGAAGUGGGAUUAAUGUCACUUGAUAUACGUAUAACUGAUGUUUUAUUGGAAAAUAUCCAGUAAAUCAGAUAUUAAGAUCCUGUAACCUGGACCAGAUAAAACUUUAAUCAAAAGAUGAUGUAAAGAUGCAUGAUUUGCAUUCUUUUAUAGAAGCCUAAAGGGUCUAUUUUUUUUCAGAUUAUGUGUACAAGAAUGUAUAUGUUAACAUUUCUUGGUUCAGUAUCAAGUUGUUACUUCCUUGUGUACAGUAACAGUUUAUUGAUGUGUUUAAUUGACAAUGUUUGACCAACAUCAAAAUAAAAUAUGAUUUGCCUUGAA